AUGGACUCUUCUGGAGCCGUGCAAAAGAGGGAACCAGUUUUCACAAAGAUUGACCAGCUGAGACCGGACACCUCUGGGCAUAACUUGGUGGUGAAGGUGAUCGAGGCCAACGUGGUGCUCACAAGGCAAGCCCCGCGACCGAACACAACAGCACCGCGCAUAGCAGAGUGCUUGAUAGGAGAUGAGACAGGAGUCAUCAUUCUCACAGCAAGAAAUGAGCAAGUGGACAUAGCACAGAAGGGGGAGUACUUGAUCCUCAGAAACUCAAAAAUUGACAUGUAUAAGGGUUCCAUGCGACUGGCGGUCACACAAUGGGGCAAGUUGGAGAGCACACACGACCGAGAUUUCGAGCCCAAGUUGGACCACAACCUGUCACUGGUUGAGUACGAGCUUGUGCGCUUGGAUCAAGGCAAUGACACAGACAGCGCUGCAGCAGCCCAGCCAGAAGCGCCAGCCAUUGCAUGA